AUGCCUUCUGGCAAGACCAAAAAGCGCUCUAAUAGAAUUGUGAUAAAUGUUGGUGGAGUGCGACAUGAAACCUUUCUGAGUACGCUUAAGACCAUUCCAGAUACACGACUGUCUUAUCUUGGGGAUCAUCACACCACAGUCGCUCGAACACCGGAAUAUGAUACCGUGAAGGAGGAGUACUUUUUCGACAGACACCCGGGGGUUUUCACACAGAUCCUAAACUUUUACCGUACAGGGAAGCUUCACUGCCCUUCAGAUGUUUGUGGUCCAUUGUUUGAGGAAGAACUCAGCUUUUGGGGUAUUGAUGAACAGCAGGUAAGUCGCCCUUGCAAACAUUGUCUGGUGUAAAUUGAUGAUAACUCCCAGACAAUAUCAUCAAUACAUGAAUCAAAGACCUUUCCAAAUAUGCUAUGAGAACGCUUGGUUGAAAUUUAGGUUCAGAGAUACAGAUACAGAUUAAUAGUAAUGGGGUAGGCGCUUGUGAGUUGAUAAUUCAUUUUUGCUUCUAUUUUGUUACUUUGAAUUCCUACUUAUAUUCAACUGAUCACGUUUUCCUAUUCUUUGAAAUAAGAAUUAUUAGUAAAUUGUUUCGCUCCUAAUAAAAUGAACAAAAUCGCCUCAAAAUAUCACUUAUUGUCGUGAGAAUUCCAUGCAUAAACGCUUUACUAAGAAAAUAAUAGUUUGUAGAAUUUUGAUGGAAAUGAAAACUGUUCAGUGAAAUUAUUCCCGUUGAUAAUGAGGAAGAAUAUGUCUGUCACCAAGUAUCUCAGUGGUUGGUAGGCAUAUUGCAAACUCCAAUAGAAAGCUAACUAUUUUGCUAAAAAUAAACAAAAAUUAAGGACUCAAAAUCGAUCUGCAAAUCGUAUAGCAUUUCACUGACGUAUUUUCUCAUUAUACAUUUAAAGACAAAAGCGGAUGUUUAUUUUAAUCAAUUGUUACGCUCGACUUUCCUCGCAUUCAACUGUUGGUUGAAACGAAUACUAAGACAUUGAGCCCGGAUCAUGACUGUUCUCAAUUCACCGUCUGAAAGCAUAAGCACCUUGUAACCUUGCUUUUGAAAUUUCUUCAUGCUUUUUUUCGGGACUGUAAACAUAAUUUUUUUAAGGGUCUAUAUAAAUUUACUCGCGGCCUUAUCGUACUUAUUUGAAGACACAGCUGCAGCAAAAAUAAAGGAAAUAUCAGUAUGGUUGAUUUUCAUGGCAUCUAUUGCACAUUAAAAAGUCCAAAAAUAUUGUGCAAUAACACAACCAUCAUUUGCAACAAGCGUGUUGCGUCUCCUUAUCUUAUUAAUAAAGCUUCUGUCAAAAUUGACUUUAAAAGGAGCUACCCAGGCCAUUAUGUAAUGCUGUAAAUCUUUAAAACUCCUUUUUAUUUUGGUUUCUAUUUACUAUCUCAUAAGCUCAAACGCUUUUUCAACACUGUUUUGUAAAUACCACCCCGUGCAUUUUUUCUACUCGUGUAUUAGGCUUUGUAUAAUAGAUGCAUUUAUUCUGUCGCUAACGCAGAUAUGUUCACAAUAGAGAUGAUUUCAAUAUUUGGAAGCAGGUGUCAAGCAACUUUUACCUUCUCACUUUGUCGAAAUUUGUGCUCGAACCAACAAUUGGUCAAGUGAACAGAUUAACACCUAAAACGCAUCAUUUCCUUGAGAAAAAUGAAUAAGCGAAAAAUAUUUUUUGUAUAAUUUAUUAGGAUUUAACGUGUCAACUAAGUACAAUUUGCAUCAGGUAUUGCCCUUAAGUAAAUUUAUACAGAAAAGAUAAAGUGCAGACAAGAAUCUUUUCUGCUGCUAAAUGGCCAACGUAAGGCACGUAGGGACAAAAAGUUUUUUUGUGGACUUGAGAAACAACUCAUUUCACUCUUCAGUUAAGCUCUAGAGAAAACUAAACCGCAAUAAGUACACCUGCUGUAUGGUAAAGAAAACAUAAUCCUACAGUCUAUGGCGCUGCGACAGCUAGAUGACAGCAUAUUCGAAUUCAUUUUAAAUAUUGUAGCGCUGCGACAGCUAGAUGACAGCAUAUUCGAAUUCAUUUUAAACAUGGUAGACCUCGAGUAACAGAAAAUCUUGAAUAGGACGCGAUCAAAAUGAAAAUUUAAUAACAAGCAAUAUAAAUAUCCGCUCUGAGUCUUAAUAUUUGGCGCAGUCUAGCAAUGACUGAUUAACAUGUUGUGCACAUUGGAUAUAACUGUUUCUUACAAAACUUUUUUAGUUCGUGUUACCGAAAAAAAUACUUCAAAUGACUUUCAGUUACUGACUCAAAGAAAAACCUUUGUAAUAAGUUCAUCAAGUCCAAGGCUGCUACUUCCUGCUUAUAUCUCAACAUGGUUAAUGGUUUUAUGUCAGGUAAACUUUGUGAGCUACUUUGAUCAGCAAGAACUGCUCUCUUACACACACACACAUUACGGCGGAAAAUAUAUUGAACCCACUUGGUUGGUAAGGCAACGGACAAGUUUCUAGGGCUUAUCAAUAUUUGUAGUUUACAGAAAAGAUGUUAAGUGAAAUGUGGGUUGAUGAGAGAAACUGUUCCACGGCGACAUGAUUUUCAGCUGUCGAUUUAUCGUUUACAAGACAUAACGUCACAUAACUGUCACCGCGCCACGUUGGUUAUCUAAAAUCUCACGGAAAGACAAAAUAAUGGGACAAUUACUUUCAAACAACACGCACUCGUGGAAUUGAUGUUACAUAUUUCUAAUCCAUUGUAGUGUCAUAAUAUUUACUCGGCGACACCUUUUCUAACCAUUACCGAUAGACAAUCAAAUAUCCUUCCCAUCGUCCAUCCAUUGAUUCUCUAAAUUAUUCCUCAAUUUUAAUUCAAGUCUUUUAUUAUUAUUUUUCUUUUUAACGACACAGGUCGAAACUUGCUGUUGGGAAAAUUAUAAGCAACACAAAGAAAAACAAGAAAAAUUAAAAUAUUUCAAGCUUCCUGGAUACGAGGAGGACCCCGAGGAAAGAUUUCUGUCUGAGGACUCGGGACUCUUCGAAGACGUCGAUGAAGUACAAUCAUGGUGGUCGAGAUAUCAGCCCAAGGUCUGGAAGAGCCUUGAAGAACCUUACACGUCCUCUUGGGCAAAGGUAGUUAAGUGGUAUUUUAAUUUACCAGUUUACAGCUUUACCUCAAAGUUGAAAAACGUCGAGUCCUUAAUAAAAAAAUUGUGAAUACACAUAACCAAUGGCCAGACCAAGCAUUUGCAAUAAAAUUUGAUGACAAAUACUGACGCAGAGUUAAGUUGCCAGCUGUAUUUGUGCUGCUUUCAUGAGCUUUGAACUACCUUACUAAGACCUACACUAUUUGAAGUCUGUUAUUUUCUCGCACGGUAGUACACUUGACGCAUGGAGGGAAAGCAAGGUUAGCAAACACUUAACUGGUGUUUGAAUGGUGAGGGUUGGUUAGAGACACACCCUGCUCUGUUUACCUGUCUCAUUCUAAUUUCUUCUCCUCUAAAAAAAACAUACUUUUUCCAAGAGCGUUCCGGGUAAAUUUGUUACAUAAUAUUGCCUUCAUCGAUAAUGUUCCGGAUUUUGUCCACAUCUGAUGGGAGAAAUAGUACUGGACCCAUACUAACAGAAAUGCAAAAUUACUCUUCCUUCACAGCUGGUGGGAAUUGUCUCGUUUGUGGUAUUCACAGCUUACAUUAUCAAAUUCUCUUUGUCAACUCUGGAGUACUUCAGCGACAAGACUGCUCCUCAAUAUAUAGCCUUAUCAGUGACACACCUCAUAUGUAUCUCAUGGUUCACAAUGGACUUUGCUCUUAGGCUCCUGUUUUCACCCAAAAAACUCGCCUUUGUCAAAAGUCCCUACACGUGGACAGACUUGAUACCUCUGGUGCUGUUAUAUGUAUUCUUUUUCCAUCCGUCCAUGGAGGAGAUACCAUUUUUAGAGAUGCUUGUCAUGUUAAAAGCUGCGCGUAUUUUCCAGUUAUUUAAACUGUCUUACGUUCUUCAAGUGCUUGUUAAUACCCUAAAAGCCAGCUCUCUUGAGCUGUGUCUCCUGCUAGUCAUUACUGGCUUCGUUAUGGUUGUGUUUGCAAGUGUUGUGUAUUAUCUGGAAAGACAUGACUUAAAUAGCGACUUCAGAAGCGUCCCUGAAAGCAUGUGGUGGGCUGUAAUCACUAUGACAACGGUGAGUUCAUUUCUAAUAUGUGCAAGAUAGGUCAAACCUUAAAUGAAACGAUUAAUAGAGGAGACGGAGAGUAAUUUAAUAACCAAUACGUUCGUUAUGGUAUGUAACGUUAUGUGUUUCUUUCAAUUUUCAGGUCGGCUACGGUGAAGUUCAUCCUCGCACAUGGAUUGGAAAGACUGUUGGUAGCGCAUGUGCAAUAUGCGGGGUGCUGGUCAUUGCUCUACCAGUAUCAGUGGUCGCAAGUAACUUUUCCCUCUUUUACACGUACGCCAAAGCGAGGCUCAACCUACCGCCUAAAAAGCGGCGGGUGGCUUUUUCUCAUGCUCUCACGUCCAUGCAUAACCAGAGAUCACAAGAGGGACCUGAAAACAGCACACAUGCGAACUUUACGUCACUGUGCAGCGAAAGACAAACUGAACGAAGCUUUCCGUCAGAGAUUUCGAUAAGUUGUUCCAUAACUCCCAGAGGAAGUCUAAAGAAAUCAUCUUUUUGGUCGCUGCGUUCGAUGACCAAACUACUAAGACCGAACAGACGAGCUAACGUGAGUCGGAGCAGGUCUUUGAAUUCUGUUCUUUCAGAUUACAAGCCAAUGAAGGAGGUACCCGUAGAAGGCAUAACGUUGAAGUUCGAACCGCCUUCGAGAGUUCCCUCCGCCGCUGAUAUAACUAAAGACCAACCAGAAGGUAUUUAUCGGUAUAGCCUGUAUCUUCUAUUUAUUGAUACCGCGUGUAAAAUCCCUCAAGCUUCUCUUUCUAAUGAAGCAUCUAAUUGUAUUAAAACUUAGGAGCAAAUCUUGAGUACUCUUCCACAAGAUGAAGUUUAUAGAAAUGAAGCUAGUUUGAUUUGUUGUAUGCCUCUUAAUGAAAUGAUAGACUACAUCUCUCAACAAGACUCAAAAUCCAGACAGCUCCAGACAGGGGGCUAGCCUACUCCUAAGUUCAGACCGAGUCUCCUGUGGCUCAGCGGUAAGGCAUUUGAAGUAUUACUUGAAAGGUCGUUGCCUGCUGUUGAAAGCUCCCGAAAUUGUCUCCGUUGCUAAAAUGCAUCAUCACUAACAACAUUCUUAUGGUCAUUUAGACUGAUAUAGUUUAACUUUUGGACCCAUUACAGGAGAGAAUGCUCUGCUUCACGUGCCAGCGAAGGAAAGAAGAAAACAUUCAACGAGAGAUUCUCAAAAGGAAAUCUCAAGGCCAUCUGCGCUUAUAAACAAAUCACUCUACCCACUCCACCUUAGACGAGGAGCCGUGUCACCAGCCUCAUUCAGCCUAAAGAGCGCGUCAACAGCUUCUAGUUUAAACGCACUUCCAAGAGGAUACAAUGAGCUUUACAACGCACUUAGUGGUAAAGGACCUAUUAUUCUCUUGUCAGAUCAAGCCAGCGUGCAAAGCCUUUGCUCCAUCAACUCACGGAUGACUUGUUCGUGCUCAAGUUUGAGAAGCGCCGGAAGUGAUGGUACGAUUCCCGAUGUGAUUGGUGAGAACCGAACGCGCCUGGGUAGUGAUGGAAAUUUUCCGUUUAGUCCCACCGAAAAGGUCGACGGGAUACAGGCAACAUUAACAGUACCCGUAGAGUCUCAUGGAAAACGAAGAGAUGAUACCGAGAGUCGUAACAGCGUCAAAGAAGCCGAUUAUCCCCUCGUACCGAAAGAACACAAGAAAUGCAGAAGGCAUGAUCAUAGAAACAAAACUGAGGAGGAUGAGUUUGUACCAGUUGAAUUUAUGACGAUACCAAAUGUAACAAAUGGUGAAAAGCCUACAAGUUACGAUGGAAACCUUGGGAUAAUUUGUCAGAACAACACAGUCGAGUCACAAAACGUGGAUCAAAUCAAUACAAAUUGGCAGCAUAAUCAGCAGCAAACAAGUCCUCCCCAACCUGCUGAAGAGGAAAAAAGUCCGCCAGACAAGGAUAACCUCUCGCGAGAAGAUGGUCAAGAAGAUGAAAAUAUGUCACUCGAGAAAGUUGUCCCGAACAUUAAUGUACCUGUUAAACCUGUUCCAGUGAUAGGGCGGGCCGCGUCCGCUUUUUCUAUCAUGGAAUACAGUAUUGGUAAAAAUAUCACGUCAUGUAACGACGGAAGCCAACCAGCGGAGAAUAACUCAACUCGCAACGACAUUGGGCGUAAAACCCUUCAGCGACGUCACAGUGCCUUCACUCCCUGUCAUGACAACACAACACCGCGCAGGGGACAUUUGAGUAGCAGUUGCAUGAAUAGUCAUGUGAAUGAGCGUGAACCACUAAUUAAUGGAAAUGUUAUGCGGGCUUAUGAUUCUAUUAGAGAAAAAGAACAAAGCAUCGAUGAUAAAGAUAUUCAAGACUGGAAAGGGAUGAGGAAAACCGGCGUACUUUCUUGUCACUUGCAAACAAACCUUGAAAUUCAGAGAAGCAAUCCAUCUUUGGAGGAAAGUUCAAAUAUGACUGAGAACAAUUCUGCACAUGAAAGUUCGAACCAAGAAAGAACAUUCCAAUCUUUGCAACCAUUUUCGUCAGACACGGAAUCAACAAACUCGGAGUGUAGCCCUAAGGGCCCCAUCACAAAUGUCGAGCACGAACAUGAGAAAACCAGAACAUCAAGGGUUUAAGAAGCGCUUUCUUGUCUCUUUCUCAUGUAAAACAAAUACAGUUUUAUUCUACUUGUAUUUUCUCUUCUUGUACACGGAAUUUCCAGUGCAGUUGUGAUCGAAGCUGAUAAAAGAUAUUUUCCGGUGGAAAAAACAACCAGCCGAUUCUUAUAACAUGUAGCAAAUAUGAUUAAAUAAGGAGAAACAAUGUUCGCGUUAGACUUUGGCCAUUUCGUAAGUUGAGGAAGGAAAAGAAAUAGUUCUUAACAAACAGCAUUUAUUCUGUUAUAAAGUUUGGGUAAAGAUAAAAUGAUGAAAAUUUCCGAAAAAAGAAAAGAAUUGGUCUUAUUUCUUGAUAUCAUAUGGCC